AUGCUGAUCACUUUUGCGGAGGCUAGCUCUGGAGCAAUGGCAGCGUGUGUAUACCUGCGCUCGGACGACGCUGUGAACUUGCUGAUGGCUAAAGGAAAACUGCCUCCGCUAGAUUCAAAGCUCUCUUCGACUGUGACGAUACCUCGCGUACUGAUUCUGUCGGAUUCCGAAAUCGCGUUAAACUGGAUCAAGUCUACCACACGACAUGACGUCGGACCCUUUGUGAAAAAUCGAGUCACGGAAGUUAGGAAAAUCAUGACUUCUCUCAAGAAGUCAGGAUACCAAGUACAAUUCGGUCAUUUUUCGUCAGAAUGGAACCCUGCUGACUGUACAACUAGAGGACUCGACAAGCAAUCAUUGUCAAACCAUUUCUGGUGGAAUGUACCAUCUUUCCUACAAAACUCAUCAGAAACCUGGGACAAGACAUACAAGGCGGUUACUAUUGAAAAAGCGAUAGGAGAUUAUUUGGAUCCCAUCACUAUAAGUACCUCCUCCGUUAGCAACGCCACUUCACUUGCUCCUAGUUGGGACAAGGAUUUAUUCCAUAGGAGGCCGAUCAGAAACAUGUCAGUAGUGAGAAGAAUCGCUUUGUCGCUUCAUUCGAGUUCUUGCCCAACGUGUGAAUGCCACAAGAAUCUCUCGUAUGAAGCUCUCACGAUUGUUGCGCAUUGA